GCUGGCUCGCGCGCCGCUUGGAUCGCGGCGGCUUGGUGUGCUCGUUCGUCGUCGAGGCGUCGCGUGAGAGCCCGUCCUCGUAGGAGUUCGCGCAGCGUCGUCGUCGUCCUAUUUCCAUCCACAAAACCACCGCCAUGCGCGCGCGCACCACAACAAUGGCACGGCUCUGCCUCCUGGCCACCCUCAGCCUGUCGCACGCGCUGCAGGCGCAAACGAGACAUCGCACAUCACUACUGCAGGCACGCACGACCGCCCUCCGCGCCCAGGCCGACGGCCCCGUCGUCGCCCUGACGCGCGAGCAGGGCAAGAACGACGGCCUCGCGGCGGCCCUCGAGGGCGUCGCGAGCGUCGAGAUCCCCGCCGUCGCGCAGACGCGCACGGCCGACAUGGAGGCGGCGCUCGACGCCGCGCUCCUCUUCGUCGACGAGGCCUGGGACUGGGUCGUCAUCACGAGCCCCGAGGCCGCUCGGACCUUCGGCGACGCGGCCGCGCGCAGCGGCGUGUCGAUGAUGCGCGACGCGCGCUGGCGGGGCUUCCGGCUCGCCGCCGUCGGCGCGGCGACGGCGGACGCGCUCCGGGCGCGCGAGACGGGCGGCUGGCGCGACGUCCACGCGCCGGCCAAGGCGACGGCCGCGUCGCUCGCGGCGUCGCUGCCGCGCAACGAGUCGCGGCCCUACGAGAACGUGCUCUACCCGGCGUCGGCGCUCGCGGCGCGGACCCUCGAGGACGGGUUGGCGGACCGCGGCUUCCGGGUGAAGCGCGUCGACAGCUACACGACGGAGCCCGCGGCCUGGACGGCCGACGACGCGGCGCGCGCGGCGGCCGCCGCCGUCGUCGCCAUCGGCUCGCCGUCGGCCGCGCGCGUCUGGGCCGAGCGCGUCGGCACGGGCCAGGCGGCGGCGUGCAUCGGCGAGACGUCCGCGCGCGCGUGCGAGGACCUCGGCUUCUCCGCCGUCUUCUUCCCCGACAAGCCGGGCAUCCCCGGCUGGGCCGCGAGCGUGCGCGACGCCGUCGCGAGCCUCAGGGCCGAGUAACGCUGUGGUGUG